UUCAACGGCGUCAUGGUUCUGCGAUCAAGCGGCGGCCACUUCGCCGGACGUUUCCAACUGUUCCUCGAACAUCAGCGUGCGACCGUCCGUCGUCAUUCCAAGACAGUUAAUAAUUUAAAUGUUUUGUUCGACCCGAAAAGGCAAUUUAAUAACGUGUGGUAGCCGAUGGACAAUUGCGAUAAUUUUUAUUAUUGAUAAGUACCAGGUCCCGACACGACGACAACGGACAAGGGCCAAGGAUAACGACAAAUAGAAUCGGUCAGUCCUCAAUGGUCGGGCGCGAUCGAAUUUUACCACCGUAAUUCACGACGAAAUCAUAAAAGUAAACCACGUACAUUAUCGUUGACGACGUGACCAUAUAAUAUUUAGUUAAUAUUACAAUAUUGACAAUGUAAUGUGUACCUAUAUCACAAACAACUACUAACAAAUAACAAUCAAAUAAUAUGAAAAUUAAAUUAUAAUAAUAAAUUAAUGUUAUGGGGACUAUGGUCUAUGGUAGAGCUGCUGCUGCUGUGGACAAUACGGUUAUCAUAGCGAUGCUGUGGUUAUCGCGAUUCGCGAUGAGUUAUUGUUGUUGUACAGUCCGACGGGCGCGCGGCCAUUCUGCGCAUGAUCACCUACGCAGCAUUAAACCGCGCUUGCGCACUACUAACAACAGCCGUCGCCAUUUUAUACCACCGCGGUGCACCGCCAAACAAUCAAACACGAUUAAAGAAUAUUCUGUGAUAACACUAUCACUUUACUAUCAUUAACAUAAUAAAUAAUAAUAUUAUUAAUUAUUAUCAAUUUUAUUAUUUUAGAAUUUUUAGUAUUGAGUAUGUAUAUUUUGUCAGUUCCAGAUUAAACUAUUACAGUACAACUUAAUAUGUAUCCUACUACAGCAGUAUAACAAUAGGAGAAAUGCGUAAAUAGUAUUAAUCAAUAAUUAUGAAACAUUUUGUGACACUUGGAGGUAUCUUUUAUUUAUUAUGGGUUGAAAUUGCAAAACUUUAAAAUGGACAAACUUACUGUUAUUUCGGGGACUUUAUUCUUAUUGGCUGAUGUAUUUGCAAUUGUCAGUUUGGCUAUGCCUGACUGGAUCAUAACCGAUGUAGGAGGUGACACCAGAUUGGGAUUAAUGUGGACGUGUAUGACCCUCUUUAACAGACCACAAGUGUGUUUCACUCCCGAUCUGAGACUCGAAUGGUUAUUGGCUUUAGUCAGUAUUUUCAUCGGGUGUAUAUGUAUAACUACCACCAUAAUUUUGCUGGCUUCUUCACAUUGGGACCGAAAUGUCAUACCAUAUGCACGUUGGGUAGGAUUUACUGCCAUGGUACUAUUUUGUUUUGCUGCUGUCGUGUUUCCCAUGGGUUUUCAUAUUCCAGAGAUAGGCGGUCAACCAUAUCAACUACCAAACAGUCAUCAAGUUGGCAUUUCAUAUAUAUUAUUUGUGUUGUCACUCUGGGUAACUGUUAUAUCUGAGUUAUUUGCUGGCAAAGUGUGUUUACCUCAUUUUUAAAAGUACUCAUGGAUUACACAGAAUUUGUUACCUGUAUUUUCAAACCAGAAUGAUCUCAAGUUUGAAAGUAAGGAAAUUAAAUUGAAUACUGUGCAAUUAAAAUAUUGGUGUCUAUAAAAAGGUUAAAGCUUUUAAAAAUUAGAACCAAAAACUCUAAUAUACUAAUUGGAGACUACAUAACAGUAGUAUCAAGAAAUCAUGCCAAAAGUACUCAUUCCUAAGUUUCUAACUAUAAAUUUAAUAUGGAAAACAAAAAAUUAUAUCUUGUGAAUUUUUAAAACAUAUGCAACUAUUACAAUAUAACAGUAUGACUAAAAUUAAUUCAUUUUUGAAAUAAUUGACAUAUGUGUACGAAUAUAAUUGUAAAAUUCAUGAAAUAAUUAAAUUUAUUAUCUCGUGGUGAAA